GCAGACGGCCGACAAACGACUCUGCGACGCACGGGCUCGAAUGUCCAUUUAUGACACGCCCUUAAUUCGGGCCUCCGACAUAUAUGGCGAUCCACUCGCCACCGGACAAUCGACAGCGACGGCGACUUGGGCACGUCCAGUCAUUCCUAAAGAGAAGGGAGUCCAAUUCACCUAACGCAGCGAAGAAGCACGCCGUUUGAUGAUCCCCCAUACACUUCACUCACCCGUGAAGAUGGAUUUUCACUGCGCCGAGCGCACAUGGUAGUAUUGCCAACGUUGUUGACACGUCCUGCCGCUCUCAAUAGUCACCUCGAGAAGGCCGGGGCGGAAGCUCAACGCGGCGGGGCCAUAAGUCAUCAGGAUCAGGGCGUGGGCUCUCCGGCGAAUUGCACCCUUGGCAGUACAGUGUGGUGCUAGCCGAAGGGCACCUGGUCUGUGCACAUGUCUAUUGUUACGCUGCCAACGACGCUUGCUCUGACCUACAUGAUACUCCAGAAUGAUCGGCAUUUCCAAGGGCGCUCGCAAUCCUUGGGAGAUGCAAAUUCCCAUCUCUAUGAAUGUCGUGGAAAGGUAUGGGAGGACUUCCCAAGUAGUUGAAGACGCACAGCACAGAGCCACUUCAUUUAGCACCACUGUUCGCCAUAUCCACCUUGCUCUGCACCAGUCAGUCGAUGCUAAGCUCAUCUACAUAGAGUCAAUGUGUAUUUGAGACAUGAUUCCACGGGGUUUUCCCAGUCGACGAUCGUCACAUGAGGUAUCUCGUUGAGACCAGAUAACGAUUGGCACAUCGAUCCUUUCGGUGGUUGUCUCUACUGCCAUCAGGGACAAGCACAAUGUGCCGAGUCGACCAUUGAGCUUCGAUUUGGAUGCCCGGCACAAGCUAACGCUUCACUACGCACUCUUCUUGCCGGCCGGUGCCACGUGCUUCAUAUGGGGAUUCAAGCACAAGAAAAUAGUACAAGCUACCUACCUUAGUCUUGCGUGUCGGUAUGCAGUAAGGAUGACUCCAGCACUGGCUGAAUUGGCUCAGGGACCAUACCGUACAACCAGUCUGCCUUCCCUCGUUACCCGCGAGACUUUCAUGACCAUUGCUCCAACAGACCGACGAGCACAAUGCACUCGCAGCUUGGCUGGAUACACUGCUGCACUUGGGGAUUCGCAAAGACGCUCAGUGGAGUCUGCCAUCGCAAGAGCCGAGACCUAUUCCCCCAUGCGAGAUCCAUCUAGUACAUUGCCCGAAGCUGUUUUCACUCUUCGGUUGAUUCGCUACGAUGAUCACACUAACGCUCAAGGUGGAAGGCUUCUGGAAGGAUGACUUCCAUCAAGCGAUAGUGGUGGUUUCAUCAUGUGCAACGGCGCGCGAACCGCCCUCACUUGGCCGCUAACAGCAUUCUUCAGGUCGUAGUUCAUACCCAUCGCAAAGAACGCACGGACCAACGACAUUCUCCGACAGUUCGAGAGAUUCGCCGACAGACCAUAGAGCAUGAACAUCAAUUCUUCGAUACUGAGAAGAGCACAAUCAUCUAUAAGAAGCGGACAAGAAACCCCUCUUCUCAUCAUCAUCAGCAUCAGCAUCAGCAUCCAACAACCAGCCAGACCUACUACAGUCU